AUGUCCCACGAACGCCCUAGUCAAUCCCACACCUCCCCCUCCCCCUCCCCCUCCCCCUCCCCCACCCCGUCCUACAGCCACAGCCACUCCCACUCCCACUCCCUCGCCCUCGCCCCCACCCCCGCCCCCAGCCGCAACCCCUCGCUCUUCCCGGGCGCCGAGAACAGCCCGGCCAGCUUCCUCAUGACGUCCGCGCAAAACGGCGGCCGCAACAACAACACCGCUGCUGCUCCUCACCUCACGGCCGCGCAGCCCGGUCGCCACUUCGCGACCAACGCCGAGUACAUGAACGCGCUUGCGGCGGCGGCGCAGGCGUCGCUACAGUCGGCGCCGAGCUCGCCGGGGGCGGACCUGCCGAUUGCGAGGGGGGGGAAGAGGGGGUCGGUUUAUGGGUUGGGUGGGGGUGUGGGGGUGGGGUUGGGGAUAGGUGGGGGUGGUGCGGAGGGAGGGGCGGGAGGGGGAGGGGGUGAGGGAGAGGGAAAAGAUGGUGCUGGUGGUGCGGGGGUGGGGUUGGGGGUUUUGCCGGAGAGGUUGGAGGGGCUACGGGUUGGUGGUGGUGGUGAUGAUGAAGGAGGGGAGGAGGAGGAGCGGCGGGGGGAGAAUGGUUGGAAGAGUACUGAGGGUGGUGGAGGGCUGGUGGGGGAGGAUGGUGCGCCACAGCAGCAGCAAGGGCAGCAGCAGCAGCAGUUUGGUGACGCGAACGUUAUGAGAGGAAGCUUCUUGGAUAUCGAUUCGAGCACGCCGGUCACGACGCCGGGGUCUUGUGCGCCGGCGGCGGAUUACCUUGGCGGCGCGCUGGGUUUGCGCGAGGAGAAUCGGAGUGGCGGCGGCGGGCCGGUGAGCAGCGCGGCGGCGAGGGGUUUGGAUGAGAUGGAGGUUGAGAAGGGCGGGGACGAGAUGGAGGGCGAGUACGAGGGCUUCACUGACCCGUUUGCGAGAGCGAGGGCGGGGGUGAGUGUUGCGAAGGGAGAGGGCUUGGUCUCGCAGGCGGGCGCGAUGAUGAAUGGGCAGCGGGAACAGGAGAGGCCGCCACCGCAGCCGGCGCAGGAGAGAGCAGCGCAUGGAAGGCAGCAAAGCUGGAGUCAGCAGGAUUUGCGGCACGAGAUGACGGCGAGGCUGUCUAAGGAUCAGCCAUUGCAAGGGUAUGAGAGCACAUCGGAUAUGCAGUAG